AUGGCCAUUCCAGAAUAUGUUCCGCUCGAUCAACUCGAAGGAGUUCACUUUGAGUUACUAUCAAGAGCAGUGCGCAAUGUUCUCGACACUGACAUCGCACUCAUCACCUACGCCCAGAUUAUUGACGGCCUGCCUGUCACUGAUGUCGCUUGGGACCAGUACUCCAGCAAAUACGACCCUAGCCAUCCCAUCAACAGUCACAAAGAGCUUUGCCCAGGGGCACUUGAGAAGGCCAAAGUCUUCCGCACCAACUUCGCCAUGGCUGAUGUGAAGAUUGAUCUGGAGAAACUGAAUCGGUAUCAAGAGACGAAGCCUCCUUCUCGAUCCUUUUAUCUACGUCUUAUUGAGGUGACUGUGUGCGCCCUCCAUCAAAUCGGUGUUCGCCUAUCACAGCAAGAGAACUUCCAUGAUCCUGCUACAACCGCGGGCCAUGAUGUUGAGUCUACCACCAACUGGGAGCGACCUCUUGAUCACCUUGCCGCGUUACCCCUUGGCCGACAAUGUUUAUUGCUAACUCAAUUCACAGCUCAUAACCGGUAUCCGAAUGGUAUCGAUGACAUUGUUGGAUACUGGGCAGAAAACCGCAUUCUUGGCGGAGUAGCACUCUUUGACCAUUCGCAAGCAUGGACUGGUGACAACGAACCAAAUGUGUACUUUCAGUGUACCCGCGAAAGAGUCACCUUCCGCGUCUGUCAGCUCAUCGAUGCUCAACAGUGA